AUGGGAGCAACUGGAGGGGACCCUAACAGCAGCCUGUCUGUGCUGGUGAUGAACCAAAGUGAUCACAGAUCUCCUCCUUACUCUCCCGUGGCCACGGCAACCAUGGCCAUCGGCAUCACCGCCAUGAUGCUCUUCACCAUAUUUGGCAACAUCCUGGUCAUCAUCGCCGUGCUGACCAGCCGCUCCCUGCGCGGCCCCCAGAAUCUCUUCCUGGUCUCCUUGGCGGCGGCGGACAUCUUGGUGGCCACCCUCAUCAUCCCUUUCUCAUUGGCCAACGAGCUGAUGGGCUACUGGUACUUCCGCACGGUGUGGUGCGAGAUCUACCUGGCGCUGGACGUCUUCUUCUGCACCUCGUCCAUCGCGCACCUAUGCGCCAUCAGCCUGGACCGCUACCUGUCCGUGUCGCGGCCCGUGGCCUACACGGCGCGCAGGACGGCGGCCCGCGUCAAGGCGGCCAUCGUGGUGGUGUGGCUGAUCGCCGCCGUCAUCUCCUUCCCACCGCUGCUCUCCAUCGAGAAGAACCAGGAGGAGGACGAGCCCGGCAGCCCCCAGUGCAAGCUGAACAGCGACCGCUGGUACAUCCUCUACUCCACCAUCGGCUCCUUCUUCGCGCCCUGCCUCAUCAUGAUCCUGGUGUACGUGCGCAUCUACCAGAUUGCCAAGCGGCAUACCCGCUGCCCGCCGGGCGAGCCCAGGCGGGACGUCGGCAGCAGCAGCACCACCGCCUCACCACAGCGCGGGGUCAAUGCUGGGAAGUACUCCACCAAGGAAGAGGGAGGCGGAGAGACGGACGGGGCCGUGUCUCGACCCCCGACCCUUGACAUCGGACCCUCCUCCUCGCAGUGCCCAGCCCAGGGUGAUGCCUCGGCCACAGGCCCAAGGGCAGCCACCACCAGCCAGGUGACACAGCAGCCCAUGCCUCCCCUGAAUGACCAUGCCCCCCCACUAUCCUCUUAUGCCACCUCCUCUAACGCACCGCAACAGCAGCCAGAGGUCCUCUCUAAACCUAAACAGCAGAGGGGUGGAAAGAAGCAAGCCGAGGCUUACAAUGACGACAGCUCCAGCCCCGAGUCUGACAAUGACACACCAGAGAAUCACGGGACCAACGGCACGCCCGCAGGAUGUUCUGGUCCCCGAGCUCUGGCACAGAAGUGCAGAGGCCUCGUGGUCACCUCCAAAGGGACACAGCUAGCCAAAGUGGCGGUCAAAACGUCGGGGACUCCCAACACGGCACGGCGCAAGGCGUUGGUGAACAGGGAGAAGCGUUUCACCUUCGUGCUGGCCGUGGUGAUUGGUGUGUUUGUCGUUUGCUGGUUCCCAUUCUUCUUCUCUUACAGCCUAAAAGCCAUUUGCCCCAAAACAUGUACCUUGCCAGAGCCCCUGUUUAAUUUCUUUUUCUGGAUCGGGUACUGUAACAGUUCCCUUAAUCCUCUCAUUUAUACUAUAUUCAACAAAGAUUUUCGUAAGGCCUUCAAGAAGAUACUUUGCAAAGACAUGAAAAACUCAAUGUAA